CCUUGCCCCGGGGUAUGCCGAGCGCCCAGGCCCUGCCCCAUGGCCCCUGGCCCGUGCCAGGGUGGGACCCUCCCCGCCGCGGCUCGGGCCGAGGAAGAGCCGGGGUGCGGUGCUGGGCGGAGGAGCGGCGGGGACAGGUCUGAGCAGAGCCCGGCGCGGGGAGGGAGGCGCAGCCGGCGCCCGCAGGGGGUAGGAGGGAGCCGCGAGCCGCGGCGGGGCACGGAGCGCAGCGGAGCCGCGGCCCCGGAGCCCUGUGAUCCCCGCCCCGCAGGCGGAGCCCCCUGCCCGCCGGGGCCGAGCGCAGGGACAGGAGCCCGCAGGCCGCUCCCGGGAGCCGUCCAGGCCCGGACCGCGGCCCCGGGCCGGAGAGCGCGGAGCCCUGUCCGCACCCCAUGAGGCUCCCCCCGGCGGCGGCGCCCUGACCUCCGGAUCCGCCCCGAUGUCGGGUCCCCGGGGCGCCCUGCAGGCCUGGUGCCGCCGCCAGUGCGAGGGCUACCCCGGCGUGGAGAUCCGCGACCUCAGCAGCUCCUUCCGCGACGGCCUGGCCUUCUGCGCCAUCCUGCACCGGCACCGGCCCGACCUGCUAGAUUUUGAUUCACUCUCCAAGGACAAUGUCUACGAGAACAACCACCUGGCCUUUGAGUUGGCAGAGCGGGAGCUGGGGAUCCCCGCCCUGCUGGAUCCCAACGAUAUGGUCUCCAUGAGGGUCCCCGAUUGCCUCAGCAUCAUGACCUACGUGUCUCAGUAUUACAACCAUUUCACCAACCCCAACCAAGCCAGAGUCCCUCCGCCCAUGAGGCACCCGGCUGCUGCCUCAUCACCCCCUCUGCCAGCUCCCAAGAAGCCCAUCCCUGCAGCGGGGAGCACCACGGCACCACAGGAUGAUGUUGUCGAAGGCCUGGCGGAGCGGUCCCAGCGCAACACACUCAGCAGCACCUGCGCAGCCUGCCACCAGCACGUCCACCUGGUUCAGCGCUACUUGGCUGACGGCAAACUGUACCACCGCCAGUGUUUCAGGUGUAAGGAAUGUUCCAGCACACUACUCCCUGGAUCCUACAAACCUGGGCCGGAGUCGGGCACUUUUGUGUGCACCCAGCACCGGGGCAAGCUGGGCCUGAGUGGGAGGACGGAGUGCAGGCCCAGCCCUGAUUUGCAGCACCCGGACAAGAGGACUGAGGCUGGGGCAGCCACUGUGGGUGAGGAUGCCCCCCCCCUCGGAGGAGGAGGAGGAAGGGAAAGAGGACGGUAGAAGGAGGCAGAUGCAGCAGAGAAGGGUCGUGCACCCAUUGGAGUGGAGACGGCAGCGUCCCCUGUCCGUGCAGAGAAUGAAACACCCAGCUCUGAGCCCUGCUCCCAAACUCCACCCAGGCCUCCUCUCCCCAGCAAACCACCAGUGCCCAGCCAGGACAAAGCCAGCCCACUGGACGGACGGCUCAAGGACACUCGUCCCACCCCCGCCCCGAGGAGGGGCGCAGACGCAGCAGCCCCGUCACCACCAAGCUCUCACCCCGUCCCUCGGCCUAGAUCCAACGUGCAGAGUGAGGCCUCUGAGCCAGGGCCUGGCCUGGUGAACGGUAGGGUACCUGAACCCGGCCCCCCAGUCCCCAAACCGAGAGGGAGACCCACCUCCUCAGAUCGAGCGGGAGCUGCUGUGAGACCAAAGGACCCUCCGUGGAUUGCGUUGGUUCAGCCAGAGCCCAAGAGGAAGCCGGCUCCUCCCCCACCAGGCAGUGGCCAGGAGACUCCCACGAGGGCUUCAGAGGAAGAGGAGGAGCAGGGGAAAGGGAGGGAAAGGGAGAGCAGAUCCGCCAGCAGGGAACCUAAAGCCUACAACCCCUUUGAGGAGGAGGAGGAAGAGGAGGAAGGUGCAACACCAAAGAGCACGCCAAAGCAGGACCAGAGUGAGAGCACGACAAAACCCACUCAUCCCUGGUACCGCAUCACCCCUACUAGCAGUCCCAAGACAAAGAAACGUCCGGCUCCGCGAGCACCCAGUGCCUCCCCCCUAGUUCACCAUCCCAUCUCCAGGCUCUCGCACUCAGAGCCAUCCUCCUCCACCCCAUCACCUGCCCUCAGCCUUGAGAGCAUCAACUCCGAGUGUUCAGUCAAGGCCGCUGGUGACCCGGAUGAGGCAUCAGUGCCCAAGAGCUCCUCUGAACCCACAGUCCAUGUGCCGGCUGCUUCCAAGAUCUCCUGUGCAGAUACUCCGCUCACCAGUGUCUCCUCCAGUGAGAGCCCUGCAGCCCCAGCCAGCCUGUCCGCCAACUCCUCCUUCUCUUCCUCCAGUGAGCUAGCCAGCUCCAGUGGGGAGGCGCAGGGGGGAGCUCAACAGACCAGCAAGAGCUUUUCUGACAGCAAUUUAAAGACGAGCCCCAGCCAACUGCCCCCCAAGCCUCCUGCCAGUGCUAGUCCCACACCCAUCCUGUUGGCCUCGGACAUGGGUGAAGGAGGCCCCAAGAACUCCCCAUCGCCCAAGCCGCAGCUGAAGUCUUCAUGCAAAGAGAAUCCCUUCAACCGGAAGUCGUCACCUGUCACCUCCCCCUCGGCCCAGAAACCCCCCAAAGGAUCCAAGCCAGCGCGCCCUCCUGCACCAGGACAUGGCUUCCCGCUGAUCAAACGCAAGGUCCAGGCGGAUCAGUACGUCCCAGUGGAGGAUAUUUACGGAGAGAUGGACACCAUUGAGCAGCGGCUGGACGAGCUGGAGCACCGAGGGGUGGAACUGGAGGAGAAACUCCGCAGUGUCGAAAAUGAUAGCCCCGAGGACAGCCUGCUGGUGGACUGGUUCAAGCUCAUCCACGAGAAGCACAUGCUGGUGCGCCGUGAGUCAGAGCUCAUCUACAUUUUUAAGCAGCAGAACUUGGAGCAGCGUCAGGCUGAUGUAGAGUACGAACUGCGGUGCCUUCUCAAUAAGCCGGCUAAGGACUGGACGGAUGACGACCGAGAGAGGGAGACAGUGCUGAUGCAGGAGCUGGUCACCAUUAUUGAACAACGUAAUGCCAUUGUCAACUGCCUGGAUGAGGACCGGCAAAGAGAGGAAGAGGAGGAUAAAUUGUUGGAAGCCAUGAUUAAAAAGAAAGAAUUUCACAAGGAGUCUGAGGGCAAGAAGAAAGGAAAGUUCAAGCCCAUGAAGGUGCUGAAGCUGCUUGGCAAUAAACAUGAAUCAAAGAGCAAGUCACCCAAGGAGAAAAGCUAGAGCAGGAGAAAGCCAGAAGAAAGGAUGGAUGCACUGCUGUCUGACUGCAUCAGCCCUCCCUGUGGCUGGCUGGAUACCUGCCACUGGGGCUUCUGCCUCCCACUCCCCUCCAGAAGCUGUCUCUCCCCUCUCGUCAACCCCCACAUGCCAACACUGAUUUCUCCCAGGGAAACUUAGCUUUCAGCCACAGACAUGGAGUUGCCCAAAAAAGAGGAGACAUGGCGAGUCUGAUCAACAAUACCUCCCCUUCCUAAGGCUGUGGGGAGCCUGAUCAGAGGAGAAAAGAUACUAUCCACAAGCUUUGGGGAGUGGGGAGGAGGUGAAAUAGCUUUAGGAGAUAUUACCCAGUUGUGUGUUUAUUAUUAUUAUUAACUGUCUGAGCGGUAAGUAAAGGAUUUUGGUAUUUGUGGGAAACUUGCACUAAUUGCCCCGUCCCUCACUCUAACUGUGAUAGUCACAUGUGCCUCAUACCCUCUGCCUUGGGGGACUGUACACAGUUGUCCCUCCCCAACCUCCACUUCGUUCCCUAGCAGUCUGAAUUCCCACUCUUAACUUUGGUAAAAGACUCUGGGGCUUAUAAACAGGAUUAUUUUAUUGGCACUAAAUUCACAUUAAAAAACUAAACAAAAAGGAAAGAAACCCUAAAAACUUUCCAUGCCUCAAGUUCCUUAAAAAAAAAAAAAGUAAACCACUGUCCUGUUUGUGGAGAGAUUCCCCUCCCCCUGAUGACAUGCACCCCACGAGCUUCAGGGCUGGGAGGGAUCAAUGACGGGGCCAGGCAGAACGGCUAAGGAAAAGGGAUUAUGGGGAGUCCAAUUGGACAUGUCCAAGAUACCCCACCCAGGACAUUUAACCCUCGCUGCAAGACUUUAUUCAGUGCCAGCAAGGUUGUCCUGUUGCCUUGCUCGCUAGUGCUUCCCUCUGCCAGCUUGGGGAGUGGGGAGGGAAUCUCAGCUGGCCCUUCUCCAGCUUUGUUUGUAUUUAUAUUUUUAAAAGUGCAAAAGGGGGGUAUUUGGGUUUUUUUUUUUUAAUAGCUUUGUUACUAGAUGGAUUCAACCCUACCCAGCUUUUUAAACCCUUGUUUUAUUUGUUGUGUGUGUGCGUUGGGGGAUGGGGAGAGCAGUCUUCCCUCCUUCCUUCCUUUUUUCUGCCUUCUCCAAGGUGAGGAGCUAUUUAUUGAGCCGUUUGAUUGGUCUGAGUUAGACACUGAGUUUUGUGGGUGUUGGUUGGUCAGCUGUUGUCUUGCCUUGCCUUGUUAGCAGAGUAACUACCAGCCCAGAGCAAACUGCUGCAUUCCCUUAUAAAAAUACUACAGGUUUGAUCCAAACCACUCUUGCUUCCAGCAGUGUCUUGCACACUUGCUGGAGUAUAUUUUUAUACAGGGAUCCCUGUUUACAAAACCAUUGAGGGAGCUGAGUUUAUCAUCUUGGUCCCAAGGGCCACCAGUACUGGUUGGGGCAGCAUACUCAGCCCUAGGAAUGGAGGGCCCCAUCAUAUUCUUGCAACCCCCAACUGGCUGCUCUAGGAGCAGUGGCCACCUUUCUAUGAUCAUCUCUUGGCCAGGGAGAUCCCAAAGCACAACUUACCCUCUCCAAAGUAAAGCAGUCAAUUUGGCCUUGUAGCGUGCAGCUGAGCCACUGUCAAAGGCCAUUAGAAUUGCUGCAGUCUGACACCCCCAGUCCUACUCCCGUCAGUAUUUUGAUUUGUAAACUGUUACACUGUACUAACUCUGGGAUUGCCAGUCAUUGCAGAAAAAUAAAACCAGUGGAGUUAAAAAAAA